AUGAAUGUGUCCCCAGACUCCGAGAUUGAGAUAUCCUUCUGGAUCUCUUGGGCCCUGACCAUCACCCAUGAGGCGAGUGAAUAUACCAAACAGAAAUUCAAUGCGGACAAGAUGGGAGGGGAUCCGGUCAUACCUUCUCCUCACCUAGACACUGAUCUGCAUAUCACAAUCCCAACGCAGAUCGAUAUUGCAAGAUACAGCAAAUUGAUAUCCCCGAAGGACACUGGCCAUAAUGAAGAGAGAGAGAAGAAGCUGCUUGACAGGUGUCCUCCUGGCCAUGAGGGUACCAAGUUUGUCGACAUGCCUGCUACAGUUCUCGAUGUGACCGGUGCGAUCAUCGUGUGGUAUCUCCCUGGUGCACUCAUGGACACCACCCAGGAAGAAAUUUGGAAGGCCUCGCAAUUGCUGACUCCCACACUCAAAAAAAGUGUAAAAGUUGGUGGCAGUUGGUGGACUAAUGAAGAGUGGUUCGGUCAAGGCUCCAGGAACAGUGACAUUGCUGCCGGAUGCAUCAAUAUAUCCCCAGCGUGGUUUCAGCAGGGGCAUGAGACUGUCUCAGAUUCGGAGGUAUCCGCUUCAUUGAAGGGUCCACUUUCCGAGGAUAUCCUCAAAGCUAUUGCGAGGCUGGCAGCUAUAGCCUCAGCAGCACUCAGGGUCAUGCAUCCUCGACAGUACUGGGCAGGCAUGCGUGCCUUUUCAAGCCUCAACCACUUAUCAUCUCCCAAGUGGUUUGACAUUCUCACAACUGUGGGGAAUUAUUCUAACGCUCACAUGAGCAUGCCCAGCCUUCAGCUGGAGUUCAUGUAUGAUCCCGGGGUCAUGAUAGCAUUUUCAGGAAGGAUAGUCAGGCAUGGGGUCCAUGAAGUAGCAGGGGAUCGGGUUGCUUGGGCAUGGUAUAUGAGGGAUUCAGCCCAUAUUUAUGCAGGUGUUCCUUCAUGUGGAUGGGCCAUGAUUGAUUCGGUAAAGAUUCCAUUUGGUGAAACAUCGGCCAGGGAGGGUCAUUAG